GGGGAGCGGCGGCUUCCGCCUUCCCGCCCGCGCUGCUCGGCGGGGCGGUGGUGCGGGGCCGGGAGCGGGGCCUCGCGGGGUGCCGCUGCAGAGAUGGCGUCGCUGCUGCCGCGCAUCGAGCGGCUGUCGUCGCGGGUGGUGCGAGUGCUGGGCUGCAACCCGGGGCCCAUGACCCUGCAGGGCACCAACACCUACCUGGUGGGCGUCGGGCCCAGAAGAGUCCUUAUUGACACUGGGGAGCCAGCUAUUCCUGAGUAUAUUGGCUGUUUAAAGCAGGCACUGUCAGAAUUUAACAUCUCAAUUGAAGAAAUUUUAGUGACACAUUGGCAUCGUGAUCAUACUGGUGGAAUACCUGACAUCUGCAAAAACAUCCCUAAUGUAGACUCUGAAUAUCGCAUCUGUAAGCUUCCUCGUGUCCCUCACCGUGAAGAAAAAAUAGAAGGGGGACAUAAAUAUUUUUACCUUAAAGAGGGAGAUGUUAUACAGACAGAGGGAGCCACGCUCAGAGUCUUAUAUACACCUGGACACACUGAUGAUCAUAUGACUUUACAUCUAGAAGAAGAAAAUGCUAUAUUUUCUGGUGACUGUAUUUUAGGGGAAGGAACAACAGUAAUUGAAGACCUGUAUGAUUACAUGAAAACUUUGAAAAGGUUGUUAGAAAUGAAACUAGAUUUAAUAUAUCCAGGUCAUGGCCCAGUAGUACGUGAUGCAAAUGCUAGAAUCCAAAGCUACAUUUCUCACCGAGUUGCACGUGAACAGCAGAUUCUGGAUGUUUUAGAGAAGAAUGCUGGAAAAUCAUACACAUCCUCGGAGCUUGUCAAGAUAGUAUAUAAGGAGAUCCCUGAAAAUUUACUUCUAGCAGCAGAACACAACCUCCUAGUCCACUUGAAAAAGUUGGAAAAAGAAGGAAAAGUGUUACAUGAGGCGUCUCCCAGCUUCAGAUGGAGGAACAACUUAUAAAUUGUGCAAGAUUGCUCAAGAAUAUUUUGGAUCUGCACAGUUGCUGCAUGAAAAAAAUACAAAGAUGAGCUCAGACAAUAUAUAAAAUAAAAACAAAUUCUUCCUUCUUUUUUUUUAAACAGUAGUAACACAAUUUUAAAGCAAUAUUACAGUCAGUUAACUAAUGUUUUUCAUAAUCUUUAUGGGAAUUUUAAAAACAACCUGAUAGGUACUGAGUUAAUAAAAUAGAAUGAGUGUGAAAAACUGAAUAAUAGAAAAUAUGUUAUUGUAAACCUGUUUUCAUUUGCUUGUGCUUUUCAGAAAGUGAUUUUCUAGGAAGUUACCUGUACGUUCUAAAAACAAGUUAUUUUUGAUAACAGAUGUAAAUACUGAGGUUUGUAUUCCCUUUUUUAAUUUAGCUGCCUGUGCACAUCUUUGCAGGUUGCUCACUGCAAUAGGUUUUAACAAACACUGGAAGUAAUUCCAGACUUCUCUGUUUUCUGCUGGAAACACUGUUUCUAUGGAAUUCAUUCAAAGGAUUCAUUAAUUUUAACUAAUCAGUGUCAAAAAAUGCACAGAGUUGGAGCAGACUCUUAAAUUCUUUAUCUUACAAGAUUCUGCGAGAAUAUGAUUAAAAAGCUGUAUAAAUUGAGAUAUGUGUUACACGCUAUAUGAACAAAGUUUGUCACUUUAUUGCUAAAAAGCUUCAAGUUUUGCUGCUAAAUCCAUUUAAAAUACAGAUAUUUUAACUAAA